UGCAAACUACAACGAAUUUUUCUGUCAUCGCAAAUCAAUUGGAAGAAAAUUCAGGCAAAUAUGGCUCAAAAUGUGAAUCCGUUUCUCGAACUGCAAACGGACGCUGCUAAACAAUCAAAUGACUCGAAAAAAGGUUCGAAUGAUAAUCACGCUGUUACAAAAAGGUUGCACAAUGAACUUAUGACAUUAAUGAUGAAUCAAGAUAAAGGUAUUUCCGCUUUUCCGGAGGGCGAGAAUUUUUUCAAAUGGAUAGGAACGAUAAUAGGACCCAAGGACUCUGCGUAUGAAUCCUUAAAGUUUAAACUUAGCUUGGAUUUUCCACAUUCCUAUCCCUACACAGCUCCACAAGUGAAAUUUAUAACACCAUGCUUUCACCCGAACGUGGAUAAUGGCGGUAAUAUCUGCUUAGAUAUUUUAAAGGACAAGUGGUCAGCUUUGUACGAUGUUAGAACAAUUUUACUAUCUAUUCAAAUCCUGCUUGGCGAGCCAAAUAUCGAUAGCCCUUUGAAUGCUUUAGCAGCGUCGAAAUGGCAAAAACAAGAGGAAUAUAAAAAGUACGUUAUCGAUGCAUACAAGGAGGCAUGA